AUGAAUGCGGCUAAGCUCCACCGAGCCUAUCUUCCGCCAUCCAAUGCGAAAUUAGCUGGAGGUAGACCAGAAGAUCUACAAACUCCUCUAGAAUUACCGAAGGAAACCUAUUUAAAAUUUUCUGGAAAUGAUAAGCAAAAGAAAGAAGAAAAUACAGUUAAUCAAAAUAGAAUUGGUUUGAAUGGAAAUUUUCCAAAUAUCCAAACAUUAAAAUAUGACACUGAAAACAAGGAAUUAGGGAUAAAUUUGUCUUUAAGCAAAGCACAAAAUAGUGCCUUUAUUGACGAUCAAGAAAUUCCAUUAGAAAUUAAAAGUACACUAGACCAAGGAAUUUUUGAAAGCAAUGGUUUGAAAGCAUUUGGUCCCAUUAAAGGUACGUAUCCAUUGGCCCAAAAAAAUAACGAUAGGAAUCAAUACAUUCCAAAAUCAAUAGAUAAGAUCAAUACUCGGUUUGAAGCUAACUCCACUUCUGUUCCAACUGCUGUAAAGGAAUCUAACAAUACUGCUUAUAAAAUUUCAAUAGUCAGAGGUAGUUUUGGAGAAUAUAAUCAGAUUAAACAAACGCCUAACCCUGAAUCAAUCACUGAAACAUUGAUUGAAGAUAAAAUUACACCUCUAAAAGAUUAUGUUAACUCUGAAAUUAGUGGCAUGUCAACGCCAGAUUUCACUAAACUAGAGGAAAUUUUUACUAAAAAUUUUUCUAGGGUUGGCGAUCCAACAUCAAAUUAUUCAAAUCAAAUUAUUAAUCCAACUGUAGAUGGACAAUCAAUUUCUAAUAUUGCGGGUAAUUUUGUCAACUUUCAAAAUACUGAAAAUCCCGAGAGGAUUAAGCAAAAAAAUAAAAAUGAAAACGAUGAUUCUUUGUCCUCUAAGCGCUUUAACGACGUGAAAAACAUUUAUUCGAAUCUAUUUCCACAAAACUUCCGUAACAAAUACUUGGAUAUAACAAAAAGACCUCAAACAGAAAACGACAGAAAAGCGGCAUUACUUAGUUUUGAAAACAUCAUAACGCCAGAAGGCUUCUCGUACACAUUUGAUACUUCAAAUGGCAUACACGCAGAUGAAAGUGGCACAGCUAUUGGGGGGGUAAGAGCCAAAGGAUCUUACUCAUAUACGGGUGAUGAUGGAAAGGUAUACACUGUGACUUACACAGCAGAUGAAAAAGGCUUCCUACCAAAAGGUGAUCACAUUCAUCCUCUUCCAAAUUCUAUUAAGGCCCUGAUUGAGAAGACCCCCUCCGAUGGAAUAUAUGAUGAUGGUUCUUACAGCGAAGAAAAGUAUGGACACAUGCGUUAUCAAGGGCCCAUCGAUCGUUAUUACUCACAAAUUCAUAUGAAAACAGGGAAUCGACAGCGGAAGCCUGCAAAUAAAGAAACUAGCUCGUUCAACAAAACACAAUACAUGAAGACAAAUAAUUCCGAAAGACUAGCAACUAAUACCCCUUUCAUAAUUAACACUCCUAAGAGUGUUCUUCCCUUUGAGAUAAAAGAAAGAAGCCAGACAUCAACUUUAAGAUCACGACCAACAAAUAUUAUUGGUAAUCAAUAUCCAAACGCCGAAUUGAAAGGCAGUGAAAACGUUAUCAAAAACUCGCAAGACAAUCCUAUCGUUGAAAGCGAUGAUUAUAAUAUUAACGACAUGAAAUUCGGUAAACUUAAAACACCAACUUUUGAAAUAAUUAAAGAAAGCCAUGAAAAACAAUUUAAAAAUGUACAAAAGCCGGUAGCCGUUACUGCUGACCCUUUUAACGGUCAAACAAUUACUUCAACUGAAAUUCCUGAUUACUUCACAACCGAAUUUAAUAAUCCAUUGCUUUUAAUAAGCAAUGAUGAUUUUAUACCGACUACUAGAGAUGGGGAAACAGGUUAUACAUAUACAAAGCCAAAAAAUGUAUUCAAAGAAGGCAUAACAUCAACUCCUGCUGAUGCCGAGAAAGAAAUAUAUUAUGAUUCUGUUAAUCCUGGAGAAGCAAACGCUUAUACUUCUUCAGUAAACGUACCAAAUGAUCUCUCAAGAACUCAAGAGUCAACAAGCCCUCAAACUCCGAUUUUAAGAUCAAAAUUUACAGCAAAUAACAAUCCAUACCUGACAACAGACACGAUUGAAAAGAUAUUAGGAAGCUCACUAGCGCCAACAUUAUUUAUGCCAUCAACAACGCCAAUGCCAUCAUUAAAUAAAUAUAUUGAUACGGGUAUUAAGGCAUUAGACGAUAAAAAAACCAUGGACGCUACAACUCCUGCAAAUGUAAAUACAGAAUAUAACACAGAUAGCGAUUUAGCUCUGAACACUGCUUUUGAUCAUAGCCCCAGACCAACGACACCUGGAGACGAGUAUGUUCAUAUUACUAUGCCGGAAACCUCCCUAAAGUUCUAA